CCGUUGACGGUUUCACAUUGAGUACUUUGUAACAACUAGCUUCUAUCCAACCAAAAACAAAAAUGUCGGAAAAAAUAACAACAAGGGUGAUACAAGUCACCAACAUCGCGCCAAAUGCCACCAAAGACCAGAUGAAGACGUUGUUUGGAUAUUUGGGGCGCAUAGAUGAAUGUAAAAUGUAUCCAUCAAACGAAUUACCGGAGGGGGAUACUUCCACCAAAGUCUGCUAUGUGAAGUAUGAUGACUCUGUAAGCAGUGGGAUUGCUCUUCAUUUAACAAAUACUGUUUUCAUUGAUCGAGCCCUGAUCAUCGUUCCGGUUAUGGAUGGUAAGAUUCCAGAUGAAACCACAGCCUUGCAGAUUGCACCUUCAGCUAUAGCAGGCAUGAUUCCUGGGACACCUAGCUGGCCUAGCAAUGUAAUCAGUCAGAUGACAGGAACUGGACUGACACAAAUGAUUACAACCCAUGACCCCAAACUGACUGCCCUGGGUCUUGCUCAGUAUCCGCCAUUGCCAGGGAACACUGACCCAGCUAAAAUAGAGGAAAUCAGACGGACUGUUUAUGUGGGGAAUUUGGCCAAAAAUGUGACAACAGAACAGUUGCUGAGCUUUUUCUCUCAAGUUGGGGAGGUGAAGUAUGUCAGAAUGGCAGGGGGUGAGUCACAACCCACAAGAAAUGCACUCGUUGAAUUUACAGACCAGCGCUCAAUCUCAACUGCUCUGACUUAUAAUGGAGUUAUGUUCCAGGGCUUGCCAAUCAGUGUGACCCAUGCCACAGCAUGCAUCAUUAAGCCAAUCUCAAAGACACAGGAGGCAGCUCAGAGAGAGAUUGAAGAGGCCAUGAAAAAAGUGAAGGAAGCCCAGUCUCUUAUCACAGCUGCUGUGGAUGAACCACAUGAUAGAAGUCGUUCAAGGUCUCGCUCUAAAAAUAGAAGAAGGUCCAGAUCAAGAUCAAGGAAGAGAAGUCGAUCAAGAAAGAGGUCAAGAUCAAGGAAAAGGUCAAGGUCGAGAAAAGGGUCCAGGUCAAGAAGAUCAAGAUCAAGGAGAAGGUCAAGGUCCCGCAGAAGGUCAACCUCAAGGUCAAGAAGACGAAGAUCUAGAUCACCCAGACCAUCCAGAUCAAGAAAGUCUCGUUCGAGAUCCCGAGGGCGAGGUCGUCGUUCACAGUCAAGAUCCAGUGAUCAGAAAGUUGGCAGGAAGACCUUAUCGGGUUUGAGAAGCCCAAAGGAAGGGGCAAAUGGCUUCCCCAAAAGGGGGCCGCUGAAGGGCCAAACCAUCUUUCCUAUCAGGAGGAGGUCUAGAACCCCGCCCAGGGCCUAUAGUAGAAGAUCGCGAUCCAGAAGUAGAAAGAGAAGCCGGACUCCAAAGCGCCGUUCACCGGAGGUACGGAAAAAAUCUCGCUCCAAGUCCUUAUCCCCACCUAGACUGGAGAGAGAGGAUUCUAACCCAGCUGGGGAGGAGUCUGAGAGAAUGGGCCCAGAAUCCAGUCCACCCUCCAUCUGUGAGAAAGCAGGUGCAGACAGUGUCACUGAUGCCCCCGAAGAUUCGUCCAAACCUGAGAAAAGGUCCUCCAGUGAAGGAAGGAGUCAAUCUAGAAGCCCAGAGAGAUCAGAGAGCCCAAGACGCAAGACAUCUGUAAGUCCAAAGCCCAGGUCACCAAGUCCAAAGAAAAGUCCAUUACGUCGUGUAUCUAGAAGUCCACGAAGGCGGUCAAAGAGUCCAAGACGUAGGUCUAAGAGUCCAAGACGUAGGUCAAAGAGUCCAAGGCGAAGAUCAAAGAGCCCAAGGCGAAGGUCAAAGAGUCCAAGACGUCGCUCUAGAUCUCCUAAGCGUAGAUCACGAAGUCCAAAACGUUAUUCCAAAAGUCCAAGUAGAAGAAGUGGUCGCAGAAAGUCCCGCAGCAGGAGCAAAGGACGUAAAGCUAGCAAGCGAUCCAGACACAGCCGGAGUCGAUCCAGAAGGCGCUCUAGGUCCAGGAGCGGGUCUCGUCACAGAUCAAAGAAAGAGAAACGCAGAGACAGGAGCCGUGACCGGGAUGAGAAAAAGAAGAAGCACAGAGACAGAGAGGAGAAAUCAUCCAAGGAGACAAAAGUGGUCCGCAAUUACGAUGAAGAAGAAAAACAGAUUGAGGAGGAUUACAGCAGUGAAGAUGACGAUGAUGACCGCCCAUCUGCUCUUCCUCGUCCAGCAGAUGAUACUAACUUACAGAGUGUGGACAUGGACAUGAGUGAUUAAAUAAAGUGGCACAGUGGCGUACCUAAUGCAAUCAAAGUGUGGAAAUGUUGCUAGCAAAUGACUGGGUUUAUAUCCUUCAUAGUCUAGACUUACCCAAAAUGCUUGUCUCAGAAAUGGUACCUGUAACUUGACUCUUUAUGUGCAGUCAUUUAUAGAUGUGAAGAUGUUCUGUGUAAUAUCUUGAUCAAUUAAUGUUGAAAGCUUAUAGCUAUAAGAAGGAAUAUAGUUAUUUUAUAUGUGUAUGUUGUUAUGGCUUUCAUAUCUGAAAAUUGGUCAAUAUGUUCAUAUAUGUACAUUCUUUGUUUUUGAUUAUUUGUUUAUACAUAUGGAAAUGUGUAAAACAAAGUGGAAUUUAAUCAAUAAAUACUUGUAUGUAUUGACA